AUGGCUUCUGAAUUGUUAUUUUGUGAACCAACAAAGCUUUAUAACAUCUUGAAUCAGGCCACAAAACUGUCCAGGUUAACUGAACCCAACUAUCUUUAUUUAUUUGAUGUUCGUUCCAAAAAGGAAUAUGAUGAGAGUCACGUGAUCACGGCCAUCCUGGUGAAGAAGAAGGAGAACCAGUAUCUCGUCCCUGAGUCCGUGGAUCUGGACUGUGUGAGAUACUGUGUGGUGUAUGAUAAAAACACCACCUCGCUGGAGGUACUAGACGAGGAAGAAGAGGAGGAAGAGGAGGAAGAAGAAGAGGAGGAGGAGGAGGAGGAAGAAGAGGAGGAGAAACUGGAGCCCGGGCCUGCUGUGCAGUUUGGUCGGGUCCUCAUUCACCUUACCCGCUACCCAGUCUACGUCCUGAGAGGUGGCUAUGAGCACUUCACAAGCCUCUACCACUUCCUCCGUACCCAGAAGAUCAUCUGGAUGCCCCAGGAGCUCGAGGCCUUUGAGCCCUACCCGAUUGAGAUCGUGCCUGGCCACAUCUAUCUGGGCAGUUACAAGCAGGCCUGUGACCCCAAGAUCAAGAAGGACCUGAAAAUCAAAGCCCAUGUCAACGUGAGCAUGGAGUCCACACCUUUUUUCCAGGAGGACCCAGAUUACCUUCUGCAUGUGAAGAUAGAAGACGAUCCAGAGGCCAACAUCAUCCCUUUCCUGCGCCCCAUCUGUCAUUUCCUGGAAAUUCACGUUCAGCUUAAAUCUGCCAUUCUGGUCUUUUCUACCCUGGGCAUCAGUCGCAGCUGUGCAGCAGUGGUGGCCUACUUAAUGCAUCGGAAUACAGAGACCUUGAGGAGGUCCUGGAACCAUGUCAAACAGUGCAAACCCACCAUGAGGCCCAAUCAGGGCCUGGUGAGCCAGCUGCUGGAGUGGGAGAGUACAAUCCUGGGGGUCUUCAUCACCGACAUCACCGAGUUCUUCUGA